AUGUUUUAUUCCAUUUGCUCUGGUAGCAAAGCAUUGCAGCGGCUGGCGGCUGUUUCUUUUGUCUUUUCACUUGUCAUUAUUGCAUGCCUACAUUGUGGAUCACCACAACCACCACCAGCAAUUAAUCAUCAUGCCGACCUCCAUCACAACGAUACCAAAUCACCGCUUGCAAUUCAUCAACAUGAACGUAUUCAUACGAGUUGGACAAAGAACAAUGGAAGCUUUGAAUUGAAUGAUCAUUUGGAAUCACCUACUACGAGCACGCAGCAACGAAAGGAAACAAUGGCAGCAGCCGUGGUGGCAUCCUCAGAUGAAAAGAGCUCACAAAGGCAAGAGAAUCACAAUCGACAAUCAUCGUCAUCAUCACGUGCAUAUGAGGACAAAGUCUACAAACAUCCAUCCGAUGAGCAUUUUCUUCCAUCUGGCAAUGGAAAAGCUGCUGAGGAAAAAUACCUCAGCUAUCUGCCACAUUCAGGUUUUCACAACCAACGCAUUGCACUUGUGAACGCACUUUUAUUAGCCGAUCAUUUGAAUCGCACCUUGCUAAUGCCGCCUGUGGUACUUGGAGAAGCGAUGCAUUGGCGAGAAUAUGAUGCUCUUCAAUCCUAUCACCAACUCCUCAACAAAGGUCGCAUAUCAUCCACCUAUUGCCAACAACAUCCCAAUGAACGACGUUGUAUACGAUCGAUGCGUUACACCUCGCUUCGAUGGGAUCGACUUUUUGACUUGAAGGCGCUCAAACAACGUGUGCCUAUCCGCUACCGAGAUGAUUAUAGCUUAGCGUAUCUUGAACGCAACUACAACAUCACCUACAAUGGCACAUACAUGAUCAAGGACAAGCUCUUGUACGAUUAUCGCAUCACUGAAGAGAAAGGACAUGUGCUUGGCAAGUACCAGCGUGAGAUUACAAUGGAAGAGUUGGCAAAACGGCCCGAACGACAUAUCAGCUUUGGAUCCCUCUUUGGUACAGGAAGAGUACUUUUCAGCAAGCGCCAUAACCAGCAUGCAUCACAGCUUCGUGAUUACGUGAAUGACCAGUUCGUGUUUUCUAAAAAGGUGCUCCCAUCACUAUUUCAAGCAGCCGACUCGGUAGUGAAGCGAUUGGGUGGAAAUGGUUCUUACAUAUCGAUACAUGCGCGCGUGGGUGAUAGCAUGUUUGCGCGACUUUCACAACAAGUGAUGGACAAGUUAUGGAAAGAUCUACAAAAGUAUAGACCACACAUAAGACACCCACCUUUACCAUUGGAGACAUGCCUUGGGCUGAACAGCAAGAAGAGGAGGAAAAAGCAGCAGCCAUCAUCAUCACCCCUUGUAUUGUUUAUAGCCACUGAUGCCCCUGAACCCAAGAUUCACCCAUUGUUUACAUCCGUCUACGCGACAUUUCCUUGUGUGGUAACAUUAUCUGAUUUAUUCGACUAUGACAAGUCUCCAUUAGCGACACUAGUCAACCCUGAAGAUGGUAUCAACUAUGGUCAAUUCUUGGUGCCGUUCUUGGAUGGGAUGAUAGCAAGCCGUGCCAACGAAUUUACCGGGUCCAUGUGGAGUACAUUUAGUUCCUAUAUCCGUUUCAUGCAUGAAAAGACACUCCAUAAAGUUUGA